GGAAGUCGACCCCUCGCUCUCUCUUCUGAAAAGUCGCGUGAGGAGGCUGGCGUGUCACAGAGGCUCGGAUUUAGCCGGUUAAGACGGUGUAAAAAUGGCAGAUACGUUAACACUUUUCACUUCCAUUGGGCUCAGUGAGCAGAAGGCGAAAGAAACGAUGAAAAAUGAGGCGCUGAGUUCCGCCCUGAAGGAGGCGAUUAUCCAGGCUCAGCGUGUCCGCGGGGCAUCAGGGGUGGACAAGGCCGCCGGUACCCUGCUGUACAGUAUGGCGUCUCGCCUCAAAGACCCCAAACGCCUGGCAUUCCUCUCCGACAGCAUCGUUCUCUGCAAGAUCUGCACAGAGCUACAGCUGGCAGCUGCGCUGGAAUUUGUAAAGAGUCAUCCGGAGGACCCCAUCGACCAGAAGGCGUUUGAGCGGGCGUGUGGAGUCGGCGUUGUCGUGACACCCGAGCAGAUCGAGGAAGCCGUGGAGUCGAUCAUUAAGAAGCACAAGGACCAGCUGCUGAAGGAGAGGUACCACUUCAACAUGGGACUGCUAAUGGGAGAAGCCCGCUCGGCUCUGAAGUGGGCCGACGGGAAGGUCGUCAAAAACGAGGUGGACUUGCAGGUCCUGCACCUUUUGGGUCCCAAGACCGAAGCCGACCUGGAGAAGAAACUUAAGCCACAGAAAGCCAAAGCUGCGGGCGGCGAGGUGAAGAAGAAGGAGGAGGACGUGGCGCUGACUGAGGAGGGGGUGAGCGGCGAGGGAAAGUCUCUGAUGGAGCAGCUCAGAGGGGAAGCGCUGAAGUUCCAUAAACCAGGAGAGAACUAUAAGACCGAGGGCUACGUCGUCACACCGAACACAAUGGACUUGCUUAAAAAGCACAUGGAGAUCACCGGUGGACAGAUUCGUACUCGUUUCCCUCCUGAGCCCAACGGGAUCCUUCACAUCGGACACGCCAAAGCCAUCAACUUCAAUUUCGGUUACGCAAAGGCAAACAACGGAAUCUGCUUCCUGAGGUACGACGACACAAACCCAGAGAAGGAGGAGGAAAAGUACUUCACGGCCAUCCGGGACAUGGUGGAGUGGCUUGGCUACAAACCGCACGCCGUGACGCACGCAUCCGACAACUUCCAGCAGCUCUACGAUCUCGCCGUGGAUCUCGUCCGCAGGGGCCACGCGUACGUGUGCCACCAGAAAGGGGAGGAGCUUAAGGGCCACAACAGCCCGCCGUCGCCGUGGAGGGACCGCCCCGCCGAGGAGUCGCUGGUGUUGUUCGAGCGGAUGAAGAAGGGGCUGUUCGCCGAGGGGGAGGCCACGCUCCGCAUGAAGACGGUCAUGGAGGACGGGAAGCUGGACCCCGUGGCGUACAGAAUCAAAUACACGCCGCAUCAUCGGACCGGGGACCAGUGGUGCAUCUACCCCACGUACGACUACACCCACUGUCUGUGCGACUCCAUCGAGAACAUCACGCACUCGCUGUGCACCAAAGAGUUUCAGGCCAGGCGCUCGUCGUACUUCUGGCUGUGCAACGCGCUGGACCUGUACUGCCCCGUCCAGUGGGAGUACGGCCGCUUGAACCUCACCUACACCGUCGUGUCCAAGAGGAAGAUCAUCAAACUGGUGGAGAGCGGCGUCGUCAGAGACUGGGACGACCCCCGACUCUUCACUCUGACCGCUCUGAGGCGAAGAGGCUUCCCGGCCGAGGCGAUUAUCAACUUCUGCGCACGGGUCGGCGUCACGGUCUCCCAGACGACGACGGAGCCCCACCUGCUGGAGGCGUGCGUGAGGGACGUGCUGAACGACACGGCGCCCAGAGCCAUGGCCGUGCUGGAGCCCCUCAAAGUCACCGUCACCAACCUGCCCGAGCACUCACAGUCGGCCGUACGAGUGCCGAACUUUCCCGCCAACGAGGCCAAGGGCAGCCACACGGUGCCGUUCGCACGCACGAUCUUCAUCGAACAGAGCGACUUCAGAGAGGUGAUGGAGAAGGGCUACAAGCGUUUGACCCCGGAGCAGCCUGUGGGACUGAGGCAUGCUGGGUACGUCAUCUCCUUCCAGAAGGUCAUCAAGGACGCUCGGGGUAAAGUGGUGGAGCUGGAGGUGACCUGUUGCGGUUCUGAGACGGCAGAGAAACCCAAGGCCUUCAUCCACUGGGUCAGUCAGCCGUUGGUGUGUGAGGUUCGCCUCUAUGAACGCCUGUUCCUGCACAAACAUCCAGAGGAUCAGUCCGUGGUGCCCAACGGCUUCCUGAGUGACAUCAACCCCAGUUCCAUGCACGUGAUCAGCGACGCCUUGGUGGAUACUUCGGUGAGGGGAGCAAAGGUUUUAGACAAAUUCCAGUUUGAGAGAGUCGGCUACUUCUCCCUGGACCCCGACAGCACCGCAGAGAAGCUGGUCUUCAACAGGACGGUCACCCUCAAAGAAGACCCCGGGAAGAUGUGAUCCAGCCAACGGUCGAGCCGCACCUCCUGCAACCCGCGAGCCCACGGACACGCGCAACAAACGGGUUUGCGUGGAUGUGUCGUUUUAACAAAGGAGCCGACUGCUCGGGCUGAAACAAACCAGGCGCGGUAAUAAAGACAAGCCCCUGUUUCUAAAAUGCGGUUCCCUUUCAUGGAUCUGUCUCUCAGAAGUUGUUCUCUAUCUGUCGGGAUAAGAUUCACAUGCAGUGUUUCUGCUUUGUUGAAUGAAUGCGCCGUUGAUCAUGGACGACCUCGUGUGAAUUAACAUAAUACGAGGAGACGCUUUCAAGUAACAUACAAUAUCCUUUUUUUUACAAAGGUGGCAGAGCACUUUUUUAAAGACUCAGACUGGUGCAACUGUGUCCUUUUGACAUGAGACAUGAAUAAAUAAUUCAAAAAAAUCAAA